AACCUUCAAAGGGAUAACAUGGAGAAAAAAAUCGAAACAAUCGACGUAACCGAGGCAAAGAAGUCAUUACUAUGGAACAGAUUAUUAUUGAAAUACGUUGGAAUUUGGCCACUCGAAAAUUCUAAUGGCCUUUUUUUCUUUUUCUUUAUUUAUCUUCUCUUACAUUGUUCAUUGGCAUUUGCCGAAUUGACAUAUCGUAAACACGAUUUUGACGUUUACAUGGCAAUUUUUGACGAAAACUUAUUGAUCCUAAUGACGCUAAUGAAAAUAACGUCGUGUUGGAUAAACAGACAAGCAUUAAAACGUCUGCUCGCUGAAAUAGAAAAUAAUUUCACCAUAGAUGACUAUAAUACGUUCGAGAAGAGAUUCAUUUUUAUCAAAUAUACCAAAAUGGCGAAAUAUUAUCUUUUAUUAGCGGUUACAUCGAUGACUUUAACAACUGGAUUUUAUUAUAUUCGGGCUUUGUUACCAAAUGUGAAAAUGGCUCUAAGAAAUUCGUCAUUGAGUUACAAACUACCGUACAAAUUACGAACCAUUGUAGAAAUUCACGAUGUUAGGAUCUAUGUUUUUCUUUGUUUUUAUCAGAUGUUGAUAAUACCGAGUAUUGUACUUGGUUUCGUUGGAUUUGAUUGUCUGUUCGUCAAUCUCUCAUUUCAUAUUACCGCACAAUUUAGAAUUCUUAGUUUUAUGAUUAAAGAAAUUCUCGAUGAUCCUAAUGCUUUUCAACAUAAUAUGAGAGAACUUGUACUACGGCAUUACAAAUUGAUAAGACAAGCGAAAACAUUGGAAGACAAUUUUAAUGUAAUAAUAUUGCAACAAUUAAUGGGCACAACUUUUCAACUUUGUGAAUCUGGUUAUCAUACACUUUUGAAUACAGUAAAGAAGGAAGUAUUAACGUUGCUCAUAUUCUGUUUUUAUGCUUUGAGCACAUUAAGUACAUUGUUCGUUUAUUGUUACAUCGGCGAGUGUUUUAUUCAAGAAAGUUGGAACCUGAGCAACGCAAUUUAUCGUUACGAGUGGUAUAACGUGUCACCUAUGAAUUUAAAAAUGAUUAACAUUUGUUUGAUGCGAAUGAAAAGACCAGAACAAUUAACUUCUGGUAAAUUUUUCGUCCUAUCAUUGGCCUCCUUUACGGACAUUCUCAAAACUACGAUGGGAUAUCUGUCACUACUACGAACUCUUCUUUGAAAAAUUUCUUUUUAUUCCAUUUUAUAAUCCACCUAUUAAGAAGAACAC